CUUAUCUGUUCUGUACUUCAGUAAAAAUCAGCAGCUUUUUUUGUACAUAUACUCCAUGCGCUUCACUACAACCAUUCGCCUGUUAGGCGCGACCCUUCUGGCUUCUCUUUCAAGAGCACAGCUUGCCCCUGCACCUGAUGGCUGGCCCAACUUCUGGUAUAAGGGACAUGUUACCAACAAAGUUACCUUCCAGUACAACCCAACCAACGAGUUCAUCUUUCCAAGUAUCUUUCAUGCAGGAGAAUAUCUAGACGACCCUCUUGGAGAAUGGUAUCUCUACUACGCACCACACGAGAACCCAGGCGGUAUAUCUCUCGUGUACUCUGAUAGUCUCGAAGGACCUUGGAAAGAGUACGAGAACAACCCUGUCAUCGCCAACAAGUGGGAUUCAUAUUAUUCUGUCCCUCACGUUUCAAGUCCAGAUGCAAGUUGGAAUUCCGACGCUGGACGAAUGUUUCUAUACUUCCAUGGCGAUAACACUCAGACUCGCUGGGCAGAAUCAAGUAACGGUGUUGACUUUCGAUACGGAGGCGUAGCAGUCAACAACAAAAUGAGCGGCUCCAACACCACAGAAUCAAGCUACGCUCGUGUCUUUGCGCAUCCAAACUCAGCUUCCAAGUACAACUACGCAAUGUUCUACAUGGCCAACGAAAAAGACAACAGACGCAAGAUCCGACUCGCUGAAUCCGUUGAUGGCCGAAAAUGGACUGUUGAUCCGGACUAUGUUGUUCAACCUGGAGGACCUGAGGGUACAGAUGUCUCGGGUGCGAACUACUGGACGUGGAAUGGCCAGGCAUAUGUUAUAUACCAUGGUUCUACGGGAAAGAUAUACGCGAGGACUGUUGAUCAGACAUUACCAUGCAGUACCCACCUACCGGCAGCACCCACCUACCGGCAAGCGAAAAAAAAGUUUCCCCAUACAAACUGCUAUUUUCCAACCCCCUCACAGAGAGUCACCAAAAAUAGGAAUAACAAACUGAUUGCUAUUUUCCAGUUCGGAAUUGAAUGCAUUUUAAUAUUCUCUUGGCCUCUUAACUGCGCGCCCAGCGCGCGUGCGUGCCACAGCCACUAGAGCCUCGGCUAAUGUCAUGAACUUCCUGUUGGGAUUCAGUAUCGCCUUUCUCUUCUUGCCUCUACUCAACCGCCCGACUUCCUCCUCUAAACUGGCUACUCUUGAGCUUAGGGAGGCGAUCUUUGACUCUUGCGCUUCAAAUCCCUUCGA